AUGGAGAAGAAAGCACUUGAGAUGGUGGAGAAGUGCCUGGAUAAGUACUUACAGCACCUGAGCAAUGACCUGGAGAUUUCUAAGGAAUUUAAGAUUGAUGACAUUACAGCUAAACUAGAAACUUCAUCUUCAAAAUACCUGUACCGGGAUGAAAAAAAUCAAGCUCUUCAACAGGAGUUGUUUGCUAUGAAAGAAGUACAAAAGAAAUGUGAAAAAGUAGAGAAGAAAAAAAAGAAGUUGGAACAAGAAGUAGUAAACCUCAAAAAUCAUCUAGAAAUAAAUAUGAUAGAGUACAGUCAAAUAGGACAGUAUAAACGGGAGAUUGAAGAAAAAGCAAGGCAGGACCUAGUAGAAAAACUAAAAGAAGUCAAUCUGUUUUUACAGACUCAAACAACUUCUCAAGAAAACUUAGAGCACUUAAGAGAGAACAAUAAUGCUGCAAUAAGAAAUCAUAUGGAACUCAGAAUUAAAUAUCUAGAAUUUGGACUGUCUAAAGUUAAAACUUCUCAAGAAGAAUCUAGAACAGAAUUGGAAAAAUACAAGCAAAAUCUUUCAGAGAACAAUUACAUACUAUUUGUCUUCUAUAAUCUUAACAGGACUAAUGAGAGGCUAGCAGAUAUCAGUACCAAACAUAUCGUGGACAAACAACAGAACAGAUCUUUACUUAGCACUCUUACGACGACACCAGUCCUUAAGCCACCUUGUGUUGGAAAUGUCUGUAAUAGUAUAGUGCUCAGUGGAAAUCUUAAUCCCAGAGAACAUUUACCACUUCCUACCUCAAGGCCCUGGACUUCAAAUAACAGCGUAGAUACCUACUUGACCAAGGUUUUUUACAUUAUGUAUGGGCAGGAGUUGGAUAAAACUAUAACUAGAGAACUAAAAAAAGGUGCUACUGAAUUUGAAUCUGGUUCCUGUACAGCUUGUCCUCUAGGAUCUACUGAUGAGUCAAUUCUAAAUCAAGACCUAGUUUUGAGAGCAUCACGUGAAUAUGUACAGAUUUUAAAGAAAACAUAUAUGAUCUGA